AUGGGAGGGACAAAGUUCAUGCUGCGAAUGUUUUGCAUUUCUAGGAAACGUAAGCUUAGGCUUACACGGGAUGUAAAGUUUGACGCUCAUAUUUUCUUUAAAUUUGGCAAACACGUCGCACAUAGACUAGACAUCAAUUACUACAACUCUUAGCUCGCGUUUUGCACUCGCAGCCGCAACACUGAAGGAUCUUUGCCGCCGAGAGAGGACGCUAAACGCGGUGAGCGGUCAAAAAGAAAAGAACUUUUUGGCCAUAACUUUGUUAGUUUCAUGUGGAAAAAUAGAUGUUUUGUGGAAACAUUGCCCUUUACGGCAGAAAUAGGUAUGAAUUUCAAAAAAGAUUUCCCAGCCCCCUUAUUUGCGACGAAAAACCAACUCAAAGAGUUUCAAUUGCAUUCAAUUGCAACAACGCUGUCAAUUUCAAUUUAUUCAUACUAAUCACGUCAUAAAGCAUGGCGUGGAUCAGAAUGGUCUCUAUUGUUUAAACAGCAUAAGAUGCUUCCAUAGCGGGUCGUUGUGUUUGCGAAAAUCGUCGGUACACUUCAUUCUAGCUCGGCCAGGUUGUCGUGUAUACGGAAGUUUCAACUCCAACAAUCAAUGUUCCUGUUGGAAUUUCUCAACAGCGCUUCUCAUGUAAAAGUUCGAUGCGGAUUUUCCCGGUAACCUUAUAAAUCAACUCCGUCUAUCUUCUGAGGAAGCGCAGAGCCAUAACUUCUGACAAUGAGAGAGCAAGAAAAAAUAAUGUACAAUGCUUCAUCAGCACUGGUCUAUAGACAAAGGCAUUUAAUCAUGGUUUUGAACCGAUUGGAACAAAUUUAUAGGAGAAUUACAGUGCUUUCUACGAGACUCAUAGCUCGCAUAUCGUUUGGGCGAUUCACUCACCAAGUAUCGAUUGAAGUCAGAUGAAAUGUAACAACACGAUUUUUUGUGGAGUUUUUUAGUGGAGACAGUCUCACCCAGACCACGUUUGGUCUCGCAACGACAACGGGCAGUCUACUGUAUGAGUGAAAUGUGGACAGAGGAGAAUCGUUGGCAAUUGGCGGUCAGAAGUUGGGCAGUCGGGAGUUUGGAGAGUUGGAGGAUUGGUGAAGGAAGAGGGAGGUUGGUGAAGAAGAACAACGUGUUGACGGUCGUCCAAGGCACCCGUGAAGAGGAGUUGGUCUUUCUUAUCUAG